GUUGCCUGGCCAAAACUGGAGAAGAAUAAUUGAGUAGUAAUACGUUCAACUAAGUGCUGAAUAAUGAUUGAAGAGCAAUUGCACGAAGAUAAUAAGUGAAAUAAAUAGAAAAAAGGAAAAAGAGAUGACGUCAUUACAAGUGUUAUUACAUUGUUUGCCCUUUAAACAUAAGUUUGAAAUACGUGAUGCAUUAAUAGCAGACUUAAGAAAAGCGAUAAUUAACGACAAAUAUUUGCAACAAUCUGAAAUUGAGGAAAAAAUUGAUGCUCUUUGUAAAUGGAUAUGUACAACACCUAAAAAGAGCUUCUAUAGACUAGAUCGUUUUAAGGAUGAUUAUACAAACGAUCUGGACGAUUUACACAAAGCAUUAAAGCAGGAUGGUAAACCGGAUCCAUCUAUUCACUUCUUACCGGAUCUUCCUAAUGGAAUAGUUGCAGUCGAUAGUUGGGAUCUUUCGGUAUCUCUUGAUUUAAAGAUAUGUCCAGAUGAAAUUAUCGUCGAUGCUAUAUGUGGUGCGGUUGUGCUAAGAGGUUCUCAUGUUUUUGCUCCUGGCGUUAUUGGAAUGCCAAAUGGUUUAAGCAUUAAUGCUAAAGUUAGUGUAUUCGCCGAUGUUACUGGUCAAUGUAAAAAAGGUUUAAUUAAACCAUAUGCAAAUAGUAACAAGAUAUAUUUAGGUAAUGGCAUUCUUCGACAAACAAGGAAAGAAUUAUUUUGCAAAGCAGCUAAAAAUCCACGUGGUAUUGCAAUAAUUAUGACUGACGUAAUCUCACGAGUUCCACAAUUGAACGUAAAUAAUGUAUCUUUGAGAUCACAUGCAUUAUUGCAAAAUUUACCCUCUAUUGUGUGUAGCCUAAUUUUAAAUCCUCAACCAGGUGAAACAAUCCUGGACAUGUGUGCUGCACCUGGUAACAAAACCACACAUAUUUCCUUGCUUAUGAAAGGACAGGGUACAAUAAUAGCUCUGGAGAAAAAUUUAGGUAAAGUGAAACGAUUUGAGAAAAAGUGUAAUAAUGUUAAAAAUAUUAAAAUAUUUUGUUGUGACGCUACCAAGGCUGUUAUCGAACGAGAGCAUAAUUUUGUCCACACUGACGGACCUCCAUUCGAAGAAAAUUAUUUCGAUCGUAUUCUCUUAGAUACUCCAUGCAGUGCGUUAGGUCAAAGACCACAAUUAUACAAUACAAUUACAUCGGCGCAACUUUAUUCUUAUGUUCCUUUGCAGCGAAAUCUUUUUUCUACCGCUGUACGUCUUUUGAAACAAAAUGGGACAUUGGUAUAUAGUACAUGCACUAUCACAAUAGCAGAGAAUGAAGGAAUUAUCGCUUGGGCAUUGAAACAAUUUCCAAAAUUGCAAUUACAAUCUGUCAAAAAUCAAAUAAAUACAGAUAAAUAUGGCACUCAAGGAUAUAUUAUAGAUGGUUUAACGAGUGAAAAUGCGGAAAAAGUAUGCAGAUUUGGACCUGAAAGUGAUUCUGUUGGCUUUUUUAUUGCAUGUUUGAAAAAAUGUUCCUACUAAGAUGAUAUGUAUCACACAAUACAGGCCGCAUUAAUGAUCAUGAAAAUUUGCCCAGAACCAACUGUCUUUAAUAAUAAAUAGUAUAGUACUUCGCCGGUGCGUGUUACGACUAUAGAUCACGACUAUAGAAAAAUUGUGGUUCUCAUUAGUUGUCGCUAGUUAACGCGAUAACGACAAUUGCCGGUGAGAGAAUCCUGGUAGUAUUUAUCGAAACAUGGUCAUUGUUUUUUUACCAUUGUAUUUCUAACUUUUUUUUUUAUCGAUAUUCGCACAUAUUCGCAUGCGCGCGCACACAUUAUGUAUGAACGCAUUAAAAUAGUAUAUUUCUGUGAAUAUACGCGAAUAUUAUACAUAUAAA